CUUUCGAUACGCCCAGUGACGACGACAACGACAACCAGCCCUUCAACGGAAUCGCCAGUUCCCCUAAUUCAAGAUGACGAAGGGUACCUCCAGCUUUGGCAAGCGCCACAACAAGACUCACACCCUCUGCAGGCGUUGUGGCAAACGCUCCUUCCACAUCCAGAAGUCGACUUGUGCCAACUGCGGUUACCCCUCCGCUAAGACUCGCAAGUUCAACUGGAGCGAGAAGGCCAAGCGCAGAAAGACCACCGGUUCCGGCAGAAUGCGCCACCUCAAGGAGGUCCACCGCCGCUUCCACAACGGCUUCCAGACCGGUGUCCCCAAGGGUGCCCGCGGCGCUCAGAGCAGCAACUAAGUUUAAUCGUUCCGACGUCGCGAUUUCGUUUCUCGGAAGCUGGAGAGGGCUGGUAUGACAAGGCCGAGCAUAUGAAUUGAAACCGGUUUCAGUGCAAGGCGAAAAAAAAGGACGCUUUCCCUGUGGGAGUUGGUGUUGGGACGGUCUUUUUCAUUUUUUUGCCGUCAUAGCAUUUCUAUUCUAGAGAAAGAGAGAAAAAUGGCACAUAUUGACGACAAAUGAAAAGACGGAACCCUUCUUGUCCGUGGGGUUUUGGUGUUGUUCACGAUGCAAAGAAAAAAAGGGAAAGCAAUGCAUGAAUCUCCUUGACUUGUUUAUGGCUGGCGGAUAUCCCUUGUCGAGACAGACGCAGGGUUUGAGAUAUUCAUUCAAUGUGAUCUGUCUACUUGAAUUCAAAAGCCAAUCUCCGGA